AUGUCCCUAUUCAGCAACGGUCGAUUCAACGGUCACCUCGCUGUGUCAUCCUCCCUCACUGGCAAAGGAAUCAAACGGGAUGCAGCCCCGGCGCGCAACGAGACUAAUCCUGAUGCCGAGCUUGACCUCGAGCUUACUUUCGCAUUCACUAUGUCCCUAAAUUCCCCUCCCACGGAUUCCCGACCACUCACACCAGAAGCGGAGAACCCGAACCAUGUCCCCAUGGACGUCUCGCCUGCGCCGCCCGCCGCCACCGGGCGCAAACCAAACGUCUCGGUGAGCUCAUCCAAGCGGGGUACAGGCACUGGCAGCGGCAAGCGGCUGCAGCGCGCUGCGCUCCCCACCGAGUGGUUUGCCACCUCGCGACCUCGUUCAGACAAGGACGCUUUCAGUCAGCCUGUUGAUAUCCCCUCGUCACCCGCUGACCGUAUGGAUGUCGACACAUCCUCCGGCCUCGUGCCUUCCUCCCCCGCACCAGGGCCGCAGGGCCUUCCGUCCGCAGUGCCGACCGUGACGACUUUCAAAUUUGCGGCGCCAGCUGCCUUCAACCUUUCGUCGGCUCUCCCCUCGACGACGCCGACCGUGACGACUUUCAAGAAUCUCUUCUUCGAGACGCCGGCCCGAGAGCUCAACGGGCGCGAGCUCGCCAACGCCACUGACUUCUCCGGGGUCACUGGUCUCACUGGAAGCCAGGUCCAGCCGUUCCCUAAGAAGCGGCGCUCAUCCUCGCCUGACUCGAGGUGCCUACGACCCAGUCACCACCACCUGGCUGAAGAUGAAGGUCAUGGGCACCUAUCCUCGCCCGCGCAAUCCUCACCCACCCAGCACAAGCUCGAACGCGUCCUCGCCAACCAGAAGCGCCCCACAAGCCUCGGGAUCGGCAUGCCCACAACCCUCGCACUCAACGCGAACAAGAAACGCCCCCACCGCCCUACCCUCAGCGCGAUGAUCGCACCCGGCGAGGGUCCUAUGGGUGCCCUGUCCCCUCAGCCCGCGACCGCACACCCAAUGUUCCCGACGGUAGGGGACGGGCACUCGGAGCAUCGCGCCCCUCGUCCGCCCCCCGCACGCCGUGCGUUCUCCGCGGUGCUGCCCCCCAACUUACUCGACCAGACGAUGUCGAGCGAGGCAAGCUUCGAAGAGGACCUUGGCAUGAGCUCGCCCGCGCAGGCGUACGCGAAGCGCCAGCAGAUGAAGACGAUCCGCCGCUGCGACGGCGCGGACGACUUCCCGCCCACGGGCGCGACUGCGCUCACGAAAUGCGACAACGAGGUCUUGAGCACUUCGGGCCGCAGCAGGCGCCAUAGCGACGAGAACGACCAGUCGCGGAGCGGUGCAGAGCGCGACACGCCGCGCAGCAAGUAUUUGACCGGCCUCGGUGGAUUCGGCGACAACGAGGCGCACGGCAAGAUCCUCCCGUGCCACCGCGUGCGCGAGGACGGGCUGAUGAGGAUCAACCCGACGACGCUCAACAAGCUUCUGGACGGCGCUUACGAUUCGAAGAUCAAUAACUACCACAUCAUCGACUGCCGGUUCGACUACGAGUACCUCGGGGGCCACAUCCCGGGCGCGAUCAACAUCAACACCACCGCCGGCGUGGAGGAGUUCCUCCUCGGCCUGUCUGCGAACAAGCCGGAGCCGUCUACGAGCAGCGAUCCCAACAAGAAGACGAUCCUUGUGUUCCACUGUGAGUUCAGUGUUAAGAGGGCCCCGACAUUCGCUAAGCAUCUCCGUUCGAAGGAUAGGGCGAUGAACAACCAUGUGUACCCGCGCGUGCACUUCCCCGAGCUGUACGUGCUCGAGGGCGGGUACUCGGGCUACUUCCACGAGUCCGGCGGGCGCUGCCAGCCGCAGGCGUACGUGCGCAUGGACGACCCGCACUACGCGCAGUCACGCCGCGAGGACCUGGGUCAGUUCCGCAAGGCCAAGUUCGGACGCACCAAAUCAUACGCGUACGGCGAGGGGAAUAUGUUCUCUAUGACCGGGGCCGCGCAGCAAGUCCAGGCCGCGCAGCCGAAGCGCAACACCGCACCGAGCGGGGGCCUGACGACGCUUUUCGCGGCCGCGAACAUCGCGCGCACCCGCCGCGCUGGCCUUCGUACUAUCGCUGAGGGCCCGAACAGCCCCGGCCACGGCAGCGACGGGGACGACACCGACAUCGGUGACAGCCCGUGCCCGCCGCCGACUAAGAAUGUUGCGUCCAAGGGCAAGAAGAUCGGGCGGGCACCGCUUGCGCGGGCGGAGACCUACGGCCCGUCGCGCAUGAACAUGGGCUUCUGA